CGACAAGUCACAGGAACCACUGGCCAGUACAUAUUGAACGUUCGCGAAGGCGAGUCGCGUCGUUCGUUCGUUCGGUCAUGUCGUUAUAGUUUUAUAUGAAGAUGACGCCUCUAUCGAUAGUUUCGUUUGUAGUUUUUUUACAUGUGUGCCGCGUACAAGGACAGUCACAAUGCACGACGCCGACAGGCCGAAACGGGAAGUGCAUAGCAAUACUCGAAUGCCCAUCGCUGAUGGCGUUAAUACAGAAACCAGAUAGGACCAUUGAGGACCUAAAACUGUUAAGGGAAUCCCACUGUGGGUUCAGUGAACAAAAUUUGCCAAAGAUAUGCUGUGAGACUAUCGUGGAAGAGGUUGAUCGUACAUGCUUCACUCCAGAUGCAAAAAUUGGAACGUGUAUCAGUUUGCAAUCGUGCCCAACAUUGAAAAACUUUAUAAACCCGCCACUCUCAACGGAAAAAUUGACAUUCAUAAAAAACUCUAGGUGCGAAGGUCCAGAUAAGUUCAGCGUGUGUUGCGGACCCGAAAUCAACAUAAUAACGAGCCCACAAAAAAAUUGCAAGCCCUCUGCAGCACCUCCCGACCCUCGCACUGAAUGCUGUGGUCUCGACAGCUCGACCGGGAACAGAAUUUUUGGUGGAAAUGAGACAGCAAUAGACCAAUAUCCCUGGUUGACGAUCCUGGAAUACCGCGGCAUUAAAGAUAAUAAGAUCAAAUUGCUCUGCGGAGGAGCUUUAAUUAGUAGCAAAUAUGUUUUGACGGCUGGUCACUGUGUUGCUGGACCAGUGUUGAGAGUUGGUACACCUGUAAACGUUCGUCUCGGUGAAUACGACACUGCUAGCGACGGUACGGACUGCGUUGAAGUUGAAGGCGGCGGACUAGACUGUAAUGAACCACUAAUGAUAAUUCCAAUUGAAAAAGUCAUACCGCACAAAGAUUACAAUCCCGAAUCAGCGCUUAGACGACACGACAUUGCAUUACUUAGGUUAAAAGAUGCAGCUCCGUAUACUGAUUUCAUCCGGCCUAUAUGUCUACCAAUCAGCGAUAUUAUGCAGGCUACAUCACCUCAGAUGUUAUUCGUCGCUGGAUGGGGCGCUAUCAGCGAUAUGAAGAGUUUCAGCAACGUUAAACUCCACGUAGAACUUCCAUACAUACCUUUAAAGGAUUGUCAACCAUCUUACGAAGUUACGGGACGUAAAGUGAAAUUAUGGAAUGGCCAAAUCUGUGCCGGUGGUGUUGAGGGCAAGGACUCGUGCAAGGGCGACUCGGGAGGGCCCCUGAUGUUUGACACGGGGAGGAUAUACCAGGUCGUUGGGAUUGUGAGUUUCGGUCCUACGCCGUGUGGUAUGGAGAAUGUUCCCGGGGUCUAUACCAAAGUUUACGAGUACCUACCCUGGAUACGAAGUCAAAUGAAGCCUUAAUUAAUAGCAUAGUACAACAUAAUUAUAGUAAUUAAAAUUUGAUAUGUUUAUA